AUGAAAGCUGGUCAGUCCAUACGUUGCCUAUUUUGGGCAGUUUUGUAUUGCGUUCUUUACUUGGUGACAGCAUCUGAAGAUGAUGUUAUGGAUUUUGAUUUUUCCGACUUAAAAGAAAUCGACUGGAAUUAUAAUAAUGAAAAUGCUAGCAACGAGAUGACAACAACGAGUGAUAAAAAGGUGCAAAGUAAUUAUAUUACCUUUGAUGAUUUCGAUGAUGAGGAUAAUCAAGUGAAUCUGUUUGAUUGGCGUGAAAAAAUAUUGAAAAUGGCUUUAUCAAAAGCAUUAACGAACGCUAGUUUAAGACAAAAGUUUGUAGAAGUAAUGCCCAUAUUACGUGUCCUGUCCUCACCACAGCGACUGGCUUUAUCUGCACUCAUAUCAGCACAAAUUAAUGCAAAACAAGGUCAAGAAUUAAAACUGGAGCAGGUACGCAUGAUGUUUGGCGAUGAUAAGAAAUUGCUAAUACCAAUUGUUUACGACAUAGCCAACUUGGUGCGCAAUUCAGCAAGAAAAUAUAUUAACAUUAACGAAGAUGAAAGUCCAGCAGUCCCACAACAGCAAGAAAUAAACAGACGUAAAUUGGAUUUGACAUCGCUGGAAGUUGAAGACGAUGACGCCACGAAAGACGUGGGCACAAUACAAGUAACAAAAAAUGACAAUAAUGAUGACGAUGAAUUGGAAGAUUUCCUUAAAGACUUUCAUGAUGAUGUUUUGGAUCCCAUCGAAAUAAAUAAAGAGUUACAAGAAACAACAGAUAGUUUCUCAAAUAACGCAGACACAAUAACGAUAAAAGCCAAACGGUAUGCAAAACGUGACAAACGUUCACUACAAGGCACAGAUUUUGUGCAUAAGCUAAUACGUUCAGUACCAUUGUCGGUGAACGAAGACGAUUUGUUAAGCGGUGCAGCAGGGCGUACAAUCAAACUGAACACAACUGCAUUUGCAACAAACCAAGCAGAUUUCUAUGCAAAACGUGCUGGACAUACCACACAUACAACGUCAGCUCCCACUGCACUGGCUGCAUCGCCUUCAGCAGUUAAUAACAUUAAUAAAAGCGCUGGAGUGGCUGUGGUGACUGCUACCUCAGUGCAUCCCACAAGCUCAACUACUACUGCCAAGCCCACAAGCGAAUCAUUGCAAUCUGCAUCUGCAUUAUCAUAUCAAGAAAUCGAAGAUCUCGCCUUUGCCAGUUUGAAUGGCACAGAAGUGAAACUGACUGGCACGUCGGAAGAUAACAAAGAAAACGCAGAGCCACUGCCGAAUCCUGAGGAGCUCAUCGCUGGUCCACGUUAUCGUGUUAGUAGCAGCAAAUUACGUCCAACAUACGCAAAAGGUGCCAAACGCAAACGUGUGCAGGUGCGCACGCGUCCGAACUCUCCACCACACCACGCAGUCACAUCGGCUGUGCAAAAAAAAUGCGAACGCUUUACCGCUUCCAUGUGCCUACACACCGAAGAUUAUCCGCUCGAACAAAUCAUGGGCAGCAUCCGGCGUCACAAAAAUGCCAUGAGCGCACUAUUGGCGGAGUAUCAUGACAAAUACAGCAAUGCGGACUUGGGAGAUGAGUUCGAUGAUUUUGCUUACACAAAGAAAAGGCGUGAAGAUAGCAACAGUGGCGGUGGGAUGUGCCAAAGCAUUGUGCGCUAUGCACGACCACAAAAAGCGCGUUCAGCUUCUGGCGAGUGGAAGUACAUAGUAAAUACAGGGCAGCAUACACAAACACUGCGCUUAGAAAAGUGCACAAGUCCACAAGAUAGUUGCUCUUACUUGGCACACAAUUAUCGUUCCCACUGUGCGCAAGUCUAUAAUUACCAUCGUUUGCUAAGUUGGGACAAAACACGUGGCCUGCAUGUUGAUAUAUUCAAAGUACCCACUUGUUGCUCUUGCCAAAUCGAUGGUUAUCGUCAGCAAUUUCCACCUUUAGAACAGUCAAAAGCCAAAGAAUAUCAAACAUCCUACCAUAACGAACCGUAUUCUACAAUUAACGAUGACUUAGAUUAUAACGAAGAAGAUGAUGAAGACGACUUGAGUUACCAGUACAGUAAUGGUUUCAGUCAGCAUAAACCAUCCGAUAGUUUCGACGAUAAUGAGUUGCUUUUGGGCAGUAAAAAAGUACGCACAAAAGUUUUUCCUCCACCUGGUUCUACUAUAGGUUCCUAUUUAAGUCCUCCCGGAAGUGAUGAGUAUGACACGAACUACGCUUACAAAGCGCAACGUGGUAAAUCAUCUUCAUAUUAUACUUCCACUGCGCCCACAUUACCCACAACAUCCAAGAACUUACUGAGUCAUUUGGCACGCCGACGUCCCUAUAAAGUAUAUAGCAGCCGUGUUGACAGUGAUGCGUUAGCCGAUCUGGAGAUAUCACCUAGUGAAAAACAUGCGGAUAAAGAGGUAAACAUUUUUGGCACACCAAUCAUUGCCAAUGAUAGAAAUCGUUUGCCUCAAAAACGGAAUCAAUUUUAUUCUGUGCCCCAUACAGCUACCAGCACCACCAUCAUUACCGCAGACGCCACCAACACCAUUAGUACCAUACCAACAGCUACAGGAACCAUACCAGACAAACGCAGCAAUAGCAUUGCCACCACUACCCACCAAACGGAGGGAACGAGCACGUCCAACAAUGCGCCCAGUGGCGGCAAUACGUACCAAAACUCUGGCAGCAGCAGCAGCAAAACGAAGUCACGAUUUUAUCCAUCCGCGGCAGAUGUAUCGCCCGCGUUUACGCCGACAACACAAUCCACUUACUACUAUAAACAACCCACAGCAACGACAUCAGCACAUCCAUCCAUCUACCAUGUGAAUGCCAUUUACGAUUAUAACGGUCAUGAUGAUAUCAAUGGUGGCAGUGGUCCGAAGCGUAUCAACUACAAUUAUCAUCCCAUUAUUGACUUCUUUGAAAAUCACAAACAAUUUGUUGGCGCUCCUGGUACUUCAGGCUCUAUAACUAAAACAACAACAACAAAAACAAAUCCAAUCGCUAAAACGACUUUGAACACUGUUGCCAGAGAAAUGCUUUAUCCACAUAAAAUACCAAAGUCUACACCGUUCGGACUUGGCCAUCAACAAGUCCGCGAACGUAGAAUUGGUUAUGGUGCUGGUGGUGGUAGUCAUAGUAUUGGGGAGGAUAAUGCAUGGCAUCCAGUGGUUAUGGACACUUAA